ACAGGAAGUUGUUACGCUCUUGCUGGAAGCGCUGUGCUUUACGGAAGUACCAUUCACAUGCUAGUACGUGUUUUAAUUAAUUGCAUUUCCUGUGACUUUGGGCUAACUAGCCUGCACAGAUGUCCAGACUUUAUUUAGAGAAGCUUGCGCAUCUUUAUGAGCGCUACCGGGAUUAUGUGACCCGGAACCCGGGCGUUACGGCGCAGCUGGAGAGCGCAGUGCGGACUCUGUCAUAUCUAAUAGCAGGCCGCUUUUCAGAUUCUCAUGAACUUUCAGAGUUGGUGUAUUCAGCAUCAAACCUGCUGGUGUUGCUGAAUGAUGACAUUCUAAGGAAGGCUCUCUCCAAGACUCUGCCUGUGUCUCUCUCCCAGCAGAGGCUGCUAACUUGGCUUUCUGUCCUGGAAUAUGUGGAGGUCUUCAUUGAGAUGGGAGCCGCUAAGCUGUGGAGAGAAACCGGGCGCUGGCUGGUGAUCGUCCUCAUUCAGAUUGCUAAAGCCAUCCUGCGCAUCCUACUACUCUUCUGGUACAAAUCUGGCAUUCAGACGUCACCUCCCAUAAUCCCUCUGGAUAGAGACACACAGCUGUACAGCAGAGAUCAGGGCAGCGUGGAGGAAGACUUCACAUUCGUUGGACAGCGCUCAGGGAGGGUUGUGAGACCUUUGAGAAGUGUGUCUUCAUUGCAAAGUCGACUGUGGGGCAAUCCUCACAGAGAGAGAAAGCGGAGGGAGCAAGAGGAGGACCUACAGGCAAGCCCCACCCCUUUGGGCCUGCAGGAGACUAUUGCAGAAUCACUGUAUAUCGCUCGACCCAUAGUGCACUUGACUACUCUUGGACUUUGUGGCAGGCGCUCCUGGAAGCCAUGGCUCAUCUCUGGGAUCCUGGAGAUAACAAGUUUCAGUUUGUUGUCUGACACAAUGAAGACGCUGAACCGCAGAGAGAGGGCUGAGAUGAGGAGACGAGCCUUCCUCCUGCUCUACUACCUGCUCCGCUCACCUUUCUAUGACAGAUACUCUGAAGCAAAGAUCCUCCUCCUUCUCCGGUUUUUGGCUGAUUACAUUCCUGGAGUAGGCUUAGUUGCACGUCCAUUGAUGGAAUACUUACCCAUCUGGCAGAAGAUCUACUUUUAUAACUGGGGUUGAGACUGAACAUGCUGAAAAGGUCAUACAGGCUUGAACAUACAAAGGACUCGGUGUUACAUCUGCUGCACAACCACGUGGAGACAGACGUGCAUACAUGUGAACAUCCUGUGACAAUCUGAGUUGUAAAUAAAGUAGAAGCUCUGUUACUUGACACAUUAUUUCAGGUUUUUUAGCUAGCAUGAUUGAGUUAGGAUUGUUUUCAUAAAGUGGACUGUUAAUAAUCCAGUACAGAAAAUAAUUGUAUUUUAUCUUGUUUCUUUUUGGUUUCAGUUUCCAUUAAUUUUUUUUUUUUAUUCUUUUUGUAUAGUACAAUUCAUCUGUGCCACAUUUUACACCACCUAUUUGUUCGUUAUGUUUCUCAUGAGAACACACAUUCUGUUCAGUUAGAUAUCGUUUUUUAAAAAAGAGGAAAAAAAGAGAUGAUGAUGAUGAUGAUGAUGAUGAUUUCGUGUAACAGGACAGUGAUUUGAGCUCAGCAAGUGAGGUUGAGGCAUUACUGCUGUUGAGAUUUUUCCAACUGGACUAUUACUAUUGGGUUGAGUAGAAUUGAUAAAAGCUGAAUGGACUUUUCAGAGGACAUCUAUCACCCCUCCUCUUUUUACUUCAAACCAGCAUUAUAAGAAUUGAACUUGAUGAAUGAAUGUCCUCUGUUUUUCACUGUGAACUAACUAAAAGCCUAUUUUGAUAAUUGAGCAAAACUGACUUGUGCAAUUACUGGAAAUGCUCUGUGAUUAUAAAUAUUCAUGAUUUUAUUAAAGGCAUCUGAAAGAAAAGAAAUCCAAUAUGAGAAAUGGGUGAUGGAUUUUCUACACAACUUUUAUGUAUUUAAUAAAUCAGCCAGUAAUGGGAAAAGUAAUUUACUUCUUCAGCUUUUUUCUUUCAAAACAGAUGGAGAUCAGAAGGUUCAUUUCAUCAUAAUGGCAUAUUAAAACACAAUGUGGAAGGAUCCCACGAGUGCAUGCUCAAAAACACUCAGCCCAUAACUCAGUCUCAUUUAAAAUGAGUGUCAUUGCAUUAAAUAAAAACUUUUUUCACAUGACUAAA